UAUGCACUUUACUAUUGUUAUCGGUAAUACAUCAGAUAAGAGCGAAUAAAACCCGUUAUGAUCGAUAAAAAAAUGAGUGUUUUUUCGGCGAUGUCGACGGAAAGUAUUGAGUCGUGGAUUUCCCAGGAUGUCCUCAAAGGGAGGAAAAUUGUGGAGACGGUGGUGGAGGAUUUGGUGGGACCGGGCGAGAAUUUCGGCGGGGAAUUACUGAAAUUGGAGGUGAUCCUGGAAGAUGAAACGACCAAAGUUCGAGAUGUGCUGCACGUCGCCGAAAAGAAAAUACCAGUUUCGGAGAUGUUUCAGAAAUUGUUCAACGUCCAGACCUCCUUCCAGGCCGAGAUAAAUUUCUACGAUAAGCUGGUGCCGAUAUUUCAGAAUUUCCAAAGGGAGAACAACGCUAAGGAGAUUAUGGAUAAUUUCUGCCAGCUGUACGGUUACAGGUUGAAUUUAAACGGCAGCAAAGUCGUGGAUAGAGACGCUUUUAUCCUGCUGGAAAAUUUAACUUACUCAGGAUUCCGGAACGUCAAUAGAUAUAUUGGAUUCACUUUAGAAGAAGCCCAGUUGGUGCUGAAGAACAUGGCAGCUCUACAUGCCGUUCCGUUGGCUAUAAAACUGAAGAAACCGGAAGUUUUCGCAAACGAAAUCAGACCGUUACUAACUAACGACAUAACACAACAAAAUAAUAAUAUAAAUAUAAAUAUCGGUAGCUUAUUGGAAGACAUUUUAUGGGAAUCGGAUAAAUGCGCUCCCAUUCUAAGCAAGGUGAUAGGAGCUUUAAAGACUGCCAAGACUCCGCAGAAGUACCAGCCUCGAGAACCCUACGCCACUCUCUCUCACACAGAUCUCUGGGUCAAUAACAUAAUGAUAAAGCACCAAAAUGGGGAACCCGUUGCUUGCAAGUUCGUGGACUUCCAGGGCUACGAUUACAAAUCCCCGGCCAUGGAUUUACUGUUUUUCCUACUUACCAGCCUGCAAGUGGACGUUCUGAGAGACGAAUUCGACAUCUUGAUCAAAUUCUACCACAAGGAAUUCCUCAAUAACCUGAGGGAAUUGGGAUGCGACGUGGAGCCUUUCAAUUUGCUCAAGUUUGAAGAGGAAUUGGCAACAUACGCUCUGGAGGUACUCCAAUGGUGCUCCGGGUUCAUUCUUUUCAUCAUUUACGGUCCCAAGGAGAAGCCGCCGGUGAUGGAGGAACCCCCGCCAUCGUUCGACCCCACAGGAAUUACCUUCAGAGACGAAUUGAGGAAAAUGGUUCGAUUAGAAGCCAAAGAAAAGAUACAAACGAUUGUUCAAAUUUAUUACAGAAAAAACUGGUUGAAGUAAACGAGCGUGUACUGUAAAUAAAAUAAGUUAUUUUUGCAUAUGUAUGUGCGUGUUUC